UCCGAUGCUCUUUGUUUUAUUUACAACUUUAUGAAAGAAAAAAAUAACAUUUCACACAUCAAUGAGCCUAUAAGCAUGUGAAAUUUUUUUGUAAACAAUAACAACACUGCUGUAUGUUCUCAAAUCUCAGAUCAGGUCUAGACUUCUAAGGGAUUUCUGGUCUUUAGUGGGAGGAAAACCAGUCAGCGUUGUGUCUAAACUUGUGCUGUACUCAAAGAGCUUUGACGCGUUUCCUCGCCCACUCUUUUCAAACAGGUUUAAAAAAGAAAGUUUGAUGUGCUCACCACAUAAUUGGUGCCCAAAAGCUUGAAAUAACAUUUUUUUUUCUGAACUUGAUUCUUCAAAGUAAGCUCCACCUCGGUCCUCUGUGGUUUUAAGUCGAACCCAUUUCUUGCAUCAUGCGAUUCUAUGAAAACUUGCAACAUGGGCUUCCAAGAAACUAAUUUAGGGUUUAGUCUCCAAAAAUUAAAGGGCAGAGUGGGAUCUGUUUAAUGCCGCCUGAAGCCACCGAUACCUCACUGGAAAUAAUGAGGGCUUCUGGAAAUGCUGCAGCUUUGCAGUUUGUGCAGUGAAACAAAAAUCAAAUGCUGCAAUUCUUUAUUGCAUGUUAAUUUUUGAAAAACAUCUGCCAUCAUUGUUGGUGCAAGAUCGUAUGACUUGAGGCGAAGAGGAACACCCUUUCCCUUCCCAACCUGCCCUUAUAAAUUCUGUCUGCCUGUGGAAAGGGGACAUAGUGAACCCUGUCUAAAAGAGGAAGGAAUACAGCGAGGGUGCAAGAAAACAUCUGAGAGUUUAUAUCUGAGAAACGUUUCCACACCGCUGUCUACUGAGGAAUCAUGGGACUGCUGCAAGUCUCUGUCAUCUUUCUUCUUUCUUUAACCACGAUGACUUUAGCGGAGCCGCCUGGAUGCAAGAUCCGCAUAACUGACAGAGGACUGGAGAUGUUGAAGACCGAGACAAAGAGGUUUGUGGAAGAAGAGUUGAGCAACAUCACCAUGCCAGAGAUGCGUGGUGAAGAGGGCCGCUUCCAGUACACCAUCAAAGAUGUGAAGAUCACGGAGCUGAACCUGACGUCUGACCUGCGCUUCCAGCCUGACGUGGGGCUGCUGUUCGAGGUGCAGAACUCCUCCAUCACCCUCAACUUCCAGAGACGCAUCCUUUACUGGCUCUUUUAUGAUGAGGGAGCCAUCAACGCCUCCGCUGAAGGUGUCAACAUCUUCACAGUCCUCCAUCUCACCAAAGACCAGGAGGGACGUCUCAAGAUCUCCAAUGUCACCUGUGAUGCAUCCAUCGCCAAGAUGAGGGCCAGAUUUAGCGGGACCCUCGGGAGGGUUUAUGACCUUAUCGGAGCGUUCCUGACUACAGGAAUGCGCUUCCUCUUAAAUAAACAGAUUUGUCCUGCGUUGAAUCAUGCUGCGCUAGUUCUGGUUAACCAGCUACUGGAAACAAUCCCAGUGCGCACAGAGGUGGACAGUUACGUGGGCAUCGAUUACUCACUGCUAAGUGACCCUGUGGUGACGGAAACUAGCCUUGAUAUGGAUUUUAGGGGCAUGUUUUACAAUCUGAAGAAUGAGAACGAGGUGCUCGUGAACUACGCUAUGAAUCCGAUAGUGAGAGAGUAUGAUCGUAUGAUCUAUCUCGCUCUCUCUGAAUUCUUCUUUGACAGCGGCCUCUUCUCUUACUUCAAAGGCGGACUGUUCCAAAUGCAGAUUGCAAACGAAAGAAUGCCGAAGGACUUAGAGAUGCUCCUCAGGACCACCUACUUGGGGACAAUCAUGAUGUUGAACCCGGCUCUAAUGGAGCAUCCUCUGUCGCUGGAGUUAGAGGUCACAUCUCCUCCUCGCUCCACUAUCAAGACCUCGGGCGCCAAUGUGGCUGUCAGCUGUAACGUCAAAGUGUUGGUUCUUCCUCCAGGAAAACCAGCAGUCCAGCUCAGCAGCAUGACCAUGGAAGGCAAAUUCAAUGCAAAGGUAUCAAUGAAGGGCAAGCGCUUGGCCAUCCAUUUAGAUCUGAGAAGGUUUAAAAUUUACUCCAAUCAAUCUGCUCUCGAGUCUCUGGCUCUUAUUCCACUGCAAGGUCCUUUGAAAACGAUGCUGCAGAUAUCUGUGGUGCCUCUCAUUAACAAUUACAUUAAGCGAGGUGUGCAGAUCCCUCUUCCGGACGGGAUAGACUUCAUUGAAGAGGUGGUGGAGUAUCACAAUGGCUACAUCAUCGUGGGGGCAAACCUACACUUCAGAACAGGUCUGAGAGAAAUAAUCGAGAGGAAGCUGUCGGGUGAGACAGACAACUCAAUUUAAGACCAGAGAAGAGUCUCUGCACAGAUACAAAGUCAUGCACACAUACUAAAAUAUAGAGCAAUAAAAGGAGGUUUUAAAAGAGAAGUACUAACCUUCCAGCAGAAGCAUGAUGUUCAUUAACUGUACAGAACAUCUGAUCGUCAAGACCUGCUAUCGUUACAGUCAACAUGAACUCUAUUCUCUGAAUACACAUUCCUUUAUGCUAACAUGCAAUCCCUAUUUUUCUAAUUUCCUCCCAAUAAUUAAUGCAAUAUUAUACUGCCAAUAUAAUGAACAUUGGCAUCGUCUAACAAUAAUGAGUGCAAAUUACCAACCUUGUAGGCAAAGGCUGUUUUCACUAUUGCUUUAGCACAAAUAGCGCAUUUUUUUCUAUUUACACUCUGUGCAAACAGCAUCUAUCACUAUUUGCUCUCAGUGUAAAUACAGUCAAACUUUUUACACUCAGUGUAAAUAGCUGUUGCAUGACGAUUACACCACUAUUAGCAAAUAAGUACAUAUUUACAAAAAGCAGCAUUACCGUUUGGAUACGUACUGUAGAGAUGCUCUUGAGGAGAGCAGACCCCCCACAAACCAAUACAGAGUUACAUUCAGACAUGACUCUGUUCUACUAUCAAACACCCACCCAAUUAAUCAGUGCAUUAAUAUGAAGUACCAAACUACAUUUUUUACCCACAUUUCAGAAGCCAAAUGGGUUGCAAAUACAAGUUCACGUUGACUUUAAGGUAUUGCACAAGUGUCUGAACCCUGAAAACACAUGUACAACUCUUACACUGUGUGCUUAGAUGUAUAAAACAAUGUAUUUGUACUUUUAGUUGAAUUUUAUGAUUUUUUGUACAAGUUUUAUCGUUUAUUGAUUGUUUAAUAUGAGAUUGGUUUGCCAUCCUCACUUGUGAAUGAAAUCACUGUACCUCUUAAUAAAAAUCAGCAAAUGUUACCGUU